AUGAAAAAGGAGGAGAGUAGUAAGUCAAGAUUUGAUAGAAGAUGUGUGGAGAUGGUGAGGAAUGUGCUUGAAGGAAGGUCCACCAUCAAGGGGGAGGUUUAUAAAACAAGGAACCCCAAGAUGUAUCACAGGCUAGUUCAUAUGGUUGUUGAAAACUAUGAGCUGUUACUUGAGGUGAUAAAGAAAUGCAAGUACAUGGAAGAUGACCGAGAGUUGGGAGUAGUAAGAUGUUUUGAGAUACUUGACAGGCGAAUCAGAAAUACUCGAAUGUAUAAGAAGUUUAUGAAGGCUCUUGAUGGGAAAAAGCUAAAGUUGACCAAGCCAUGUGUGUUUGUAAGGAUUAACACUUUGAAGAAUGGAACGGAAAGGGACAUAGAGUUUUUGAGCCCUAAAAGGACAUGCGUUGAAGGAGUGUACAAGAUAGUAGAUUCCAAAGAUAUGAUUUUCUCGCAGGAAUACAAAGAUGGAAAGUUUGUAAUACAGAACAUUUCGUCCUGUCUUCCUGCAUACAUAUUGAACCCAAAGGAAUGCUCCAGAGUCAUAGAUACAUGUUCUGCACCUGGAAACAAAACAUCCCAGCUGUCAAUGAUCAUGAAGAACACUGGAAGGAUAUAUGCCUUUGAAAGAAGUGAAACCCGGGCAAAGACACUUCAAGACCAACUUGAAAGGCUGGGAGUUAGUAAUGUAGAGGUUAUAGAAAAUGACUUUAUGAAAGCAAGCCCGGACGAUUUCAAGGAUAUUCAGUAUAUUCUGUGUGAUCCAAGCUGCUCUGGAUCAGGAAUGCAUUUAGGAUAUAAGAUGGAUGAAAAAAGGAUAGAGAGCCUUAAACUGUUCCAAAUAGCCAUUGUAGAGCAUGCUCUUAGGUUCAAGCCGGAAAGGCUUGUAUAUUCUGUAUGUUCUGAUCACAAGGAAGAGGGAGAAGAAGUAGUGGAUGAAGUCUUGAAGAACUCUGAUUAUGAGCUGGAAGAUAUAAGCACUUUCUGGAGCUCCAGCUGUCCCUUCGAGUUUCCAUUCAGCCAUAAAGUAAUAAGGUGUAAAAGAAACGAUAAUGGAGCUACAGGGUUCUUUAUAGCUCUUUUUGUAAAGAAGAAGCUUUGA